GAUAGAAUUUUCAAGCUACUUUUUCUUAAUCAAUCUUUGACAAGCACAGUCAUAAUUUAUCUGGACUAACGUCUUCUCCCUGCCUCGAUGUUAGUGAGAGGAAAGCCAAUACGAUCUUGAUUUUGUCUAUUGCAGACGAGAUCUCUUUUUAGAGACCCGUCUGCCUCUCGCUCCAUAUCAUUGUCCACCGCUAUACCAGCGUCCAUUCAAUACUUGAACGAUGACACCUCUGUAUGAAAAUUAAAUGUUUACAAAGAUAAUUAAUAGAAAGUCUAAAUGAUAAUGCUGGACACCAACCACUUCCUGUCCUUUGAGCCCGCCCCCUUGGACUCUGUUCUAAUGGGGGAAGAGUUGGACAAGCAGAAUUUGAGGAUGGAUUACGAGAGACAAACCUAUCACAGCCUAAAAGAAGGUGGGUGGGGUUAAAGACUGAAAUAUUGUGGGUGGGGUUAGAAGACUAAAAGAAGGUGGCUGGGGUUAGAAGACUAAAAGAAGGUGGCUGGGGUUAGAAGACUAAAAGAAGGUGGCUGGGGUUAGAAGACUAAAAGAAGGUGGCUGGGGUUAGAAGACUAAAAGAAGGUGGCUGGGGUUAGAAGACUAAAAGAAGGUGGGUGGGGUUAGAAGACACUCUGGAGAGGGGAGAUCUGAUUUGUGUGUUUGUCAUUUUAGAUGUAGCCUAGCCAUAGAUGUUAUAAUUCACAAGUUUAUGGUCUAGCACAAGCUUUGGGUUUGGUUCUGUAUGGUGACCAGACUUCUGUCAAGCUUCAUAUGACCCCUUCUUGCUCCUUAUUGAUGCGUGCCGUGAAUCAUAAUAAAGGCAUUCGCUUUGGUCAUUCCUCAUAUAUUCUUCUCCGUAACUCCCUGGUUGUGGUGUGUAAUGAUCAAGCUAAUGUCCAAAUGGUGAGGUCAUUGGAUGAUUACUGCGCUUUGCAAAUAUAACUGUUCUAAUGGCCAUGCCAAGUGUGUGCACAUGUGAGUUUACAAGGGACACUUCUAGGUUGGUGUGUGGGAAAGGGGAAGGGAUACCUAGUCAGUUGCAGAAAUGAAUGCAUUUAACCGAAAUGUGUCUUCUGCAUUAAACCCAACCCCUCUGAAUUAGAGAGGUGCGGGGGGGCUGCCUUAUUCAACGUCAUCGGCACUCGGGGGAACAGUUGUUGUUGGGGGUUAAUUGCCUUGCUCAAGGGCAGAAUGGCAGAUUUGGGGAUUUGAACCAGCGACAUUUUGGUUACUGGCCCAACGCUCUUAACCGCUUGUGUGUGUGUGUGCGCAUGCACACACAGUAGGUGUGGGCUAUGCUGUGCAAGGUCUGGGCCCUUUGGGGACGGUGGCAGACAUAUAUUUAAUUAGACCUAAUGACACAUGAGCACACUGGGAUUAGAUCAUGUUGGCCCUCCUCCCUGUUAUUUUCUCUCUUUCUCUCUCUGCAUUCUCUCUCUCUCUCUCUGCAUUCUCUCUCUCUCUCUCUGCAUUCUCUAUCUCUCUUCUCUGCAUUCUCUCUCUCUCUCUGUAUUCUCUCUCUCUCUCUCUGCAUUCUCUCUCUCUGCAAUCUCUCUCUGCAAUCUCUCUCUGCAAUCUCUCUCUCUCUCUCUCUCUCUCUCUCUCUCUCUCUCUCUCUCUCUCUCUCUCUCUCUCUCUCUCUCUCUCUCUCUCUCUCUCUCUGCAUUCUCUCUAACUUUGGAGGCCUGGGGCCAGAGUUGGGCUUUGUCCCAGUAUUCUAAUAAAUAGCCCUCUCCUUGUCCUACUUCCUCCAUGACUGCAGCAGAUCCAGAGGGAUCUUCAUGGUGGAACUUAGAACUGUGUCCCUUGCUUUCAGAUGUCAGUAGUCAUGAAGGAAUGACGCCAUGGAUGGAAAGGAGAGGUGUGGAAGAGUAUUUAGAUGUAGGUCUGGACUGAAGGGAAGCAGGACACUCACUUAGCCUGGGUCCUUUCAAGAGAUGUGUAUCUAGUGUGAUUCAAACACACACAGUAGUUUAGGUGGUUAGGGGUCAGCAGUGGUGGAAUAAGUACCCAUACUUACUCAUACUUGAGUAAAAGUAAAGAUACCUUUUUAAUAGAAAAUUACUCAAGUAAAAGUGAAAGUCACCCAGUAAAAUACUACUUGAGUAAAAGUCUAAAAGUAUUUGGUUUUAAAUAUACUUAAGUAUCAAAAGGAAAUGUAAUUACUAAAAUAUACUUAAGUAUCAAAAGUAAAAGUAUAAAUCAUUUCAAAUUCCCUAUAUUAAGCAAACCAGAUGGCACCAUUUUCUUGUUUUUUUAAUUUACGGAUAGCAAGCACUAGUUCCUGGUGUAUCCUUUAGGGGUUCUUCAAAUUGAAACUGUUGGGGAACCCCUAUAAGUUAUUUGAAGAACCCCUUUUAAAAGUGUUCUUGAAAGAACCCCUUUUAAUGGAUCCUCAAAGAACCUUUUGAAUAACCUUUUGGGGUACAUUUUUGAACUACCCCCCCCCUCCCUAUUUUUAUAAAUAAUAAUGCGCAUAACAAGAACACAAUAUUUUAGUUUUCAGUGUUUAUUAUGAUUUUAGUGGCAAAGCAGAAUAAAGAAAUCUAAAUAUGAGGUGAACUCCCAGCAAAGCCCCAAGUCCAAUGGGUAUAUCCUCUGGCAUGUUGAUGUUAAUGUUCUUCGUAUCCAUAGCCAGAAUGAUUUUGCAGUGCAUGGUGAUCGAACAGGUUUUCUGUUAUAUUAAUAGGGGAGGGUGAAGUCAGUGAAUCCAAAACGUUUUAAUUAUACAGAUUUUUAACAAAACAUGCACACGACAGUAUUCAUACCUUGGUUUUUGUGGUAAAUGUUAAUGGAAAAACUGUUUUGAUAAUGGUUUUCAUACACAUACCUUGUACCUUGUCCAUAAUGUAGAGGCCUAUGGGAUUUUCAUUGAAGAGGUAAGGGUGGAGGAUGGUACAUGUAAUCUGAAUAACAUAUCAAUACCAAUUGACAUGCCUUUGUAUGCCUCCUUGUCUGUAUACCUGCAGACAGACACAAAAGUGAGCAGUUCAGUCAUCUGUGCCCAAUACAGCUAGCCUUCAACAUAUUCUCAUAGCCAACAUAUUCUUACCUUUGUUGAUUGAUAGCCAUUGAAAUGUGUCCAUUUUCUGUUUUAGAAAGAUUUGCCCGAAUAUGAAAAGAUGGUAUCAUCAUAAAACAGUAUCAAUGUAGAUCGGUUCAGGACGAACCUUACCUUAAAUUGAGGAGAUCUUUACAUUUUUCAGUUAAGUGCCUGCACCUGCUGUCCUUUCAAAUUCAAAUCCAAGUGUUUCAGUCUGGCAGUUAGGUUUCUGCAAGAACCCCCACCAACUAAGGAGGUUCCUUGAUGAACCCCACCUCCUAUGGGGUUCUUGGAAGUACCUUUUAGGGGCCAUUUUCAGUGCCAAGAACCCUAAGGAUCUUAGAAGAACCCUUGUUGAACCACUAAUUUUUAGAGUGAGGGGCACGCUCCGUCACUCAGACAUCAUUUACAAACGAAGAAUUUGUGUUUAGUGAGUCCGCCAGAUCAGAUGCAGUAGGGAUGACCAGGGAUGUUCUCUUGAUGAGUGUGAAUUGGACCAUUUUCCUGACCUGCUAAGCAUUCAAAAUGUAACGAGUACUUUUGGUUGUCAGGGAAAAUGUAUGGAGUAAAAAGUACAUUAUAUUCUUUAGGAAUGUAGUGAAGUAAAAGUAAAUGUUUUUUUACUUAAGUACUUUAUCCACUGGGGGUCAGGUCAGUUGUUCUGACUGGAAGACUUAUAAGGACCUGCUUACUUCCCUUAAUUGUUGCAAGAUUUGCAGUACCAACAAUUCAUUCUGCAUUCUUCACAUUGAUGCAUUGCAUACCAUAGCUCGGCUUGAUAAUACAGGCUACUGUGAAGAAUGCAUAGUAAAAGGUCGACCUAAGAAUGGCAGUGGUAAAACAGUGAGAAAACAGUCUGCUGACUGACAAGGCUGACUAUUGCCGCCUGCAUCGCUCUGUCAUGACGAUGUGUCAGGUGCAACAAUUGUCCUAUCUAUCUCACCCCUCCUAGAUUAUCUUUCGCUCUCUCAGCUACCAUUCAUCUCAUCUUUCGCUCUAUAUAUCUAACCAUUAUCUAUCUUUACGAUUUAUCUAUCUCUUAGCUAUAUCUAUCAAAAACUAUCUAUCUCUUUCGCAUCUAUAUAUAUACCAAUCAUCUCUCUCUUUUGCUCUCUUCUCUCUUUCGCUCUCUCUAUCUCCCCCUCUAUCUCUCUCAUUCGCUCUCUCUCUCUCUUUCGCUCUCUCUAUCUCCCCCUCUAUCUCUCUCUUUCGCUCUCUCUAUCUCCCCCUCUAUCUCUCUCUUUCGCUCUCUCACAGACACACAUACAUUAUUUCUUCUCUGUGUGUUUUUAUAAGCGUACUGCGGACACAACAACCAUUUGAGUUUAGAAACAGGAAGUGUGUAAUAAAUGCCACCGUACUCUGCCCUCCCUUUGCCCUCUGCCACAGCUUUUUUUUUUUUUUUUUUUUUAAGAGUGAGGGAGGAAAUGAAAGAGAAUGAAAGCGAGCGGGAGCUGGUUCUGUCCAUUGAGUCCUGCUCCAGCUGUCUGCUCCAGUGUUCGUUGACACAAGGAUAAGGAUCUCUGCCAUGUGGAUGGACUGUUCAGUGUAGGAUGGCAGUCUGGGCCUGAAACUCUGGUUUUGAAGAGGUGGUUGUUGUUUCCAUGCUGGCAGUUGCUGACUCUACCUCUCUCUGUCGUCAUGCAGUGCUCCAGCUCAAACUACAGCAGAGACGCACCCGGGAGGAGCUGGUCAGCCAAGGGAUCAUGCCACGUAAGUAGUGCCCAAACUCUCUAUCCUUAUCUCUAGAGUCUAGACCAGCAAAUAUAAUAGAAUGUCACCCUCUGCAUGCUUGACCAGCACAGUGUCUGUUCCUGGUCCCCUUGGACUGACAGGCCUGUUGUGUUGUUAUAAUUUGCAAUGGGUUGUUGUAAUUUGCAUUGUGUUGUUGUAAUUUGCAUUGUGUUAUUGUAAUUUGCAUUGUGUUGUUUAAUUUGCAUUGUGUUGUUGUAAUUUGCAUUGUGUUGUUUUAAUUUGCAUUGUGUUGUUUUAAUUUGCAUUGUGUUGUUUUAAUUUGCAUUGUGUUGUUUUAAUUUGCAUUGUGUUGUUUUAAUUUGCAUUGUGUUGAAAUUUGUGUUGUGUUGUAAUUUGUGUUGUGUUAUGCUCUGAGGUAUUAUCAAGUGGGCCAGCCAGCUUCCCCUUCUGUGUCCACUUCCUGUUCUGUUCUGUUCAGCAGCUGAAGAGACUGAGGAUACUCAGUGUUCAGCUGUCGAUAGGAGGAAGUGCAUGGGCUACUUCUUACAGGAGAGAGGCACUGAUUGCCAAUAUACCACAGCUAAGGGCUGUAUCCAUGCACGCUGCAUUGCGUCGUGCCUAAGAACAGCCCUUAGCUGUGGUAUAUUUGCCAUAUAGAACACCCCCUCGGGCCUUAUUGUUUAAGUGUCUAACCUGGCCAUAAGAUGGACCUCUCUCUCUCUCUCCCCUGUGCUCCCAUUCUUAUUGCACAACAACAACAGGCCAGGAGAACUAUGUUUCUCCACUGUGGCCUGGCUCAGACAUACAGGUCUUUAUUACAGAUUAGGCCAGAUUACUGAGGAUCAGGUUGUCGUCUUGUGGAGGACGAGGCAUUACAAACCAGCCUUUAAAAGGGACUUCUUAUGACCAUGGCCCAAAGCUAUACCAGAAAACUGCUUUACCGUCAAGGUUCUGUAGAGUUAGUAGACAGUAAUGUGCUCAUGCCAUGGAUUUACAGUCACAGAGCAGUUGGCGCUAUAAAGCAGACUGAAUUACAGAGGAGGCUGGAUCCUCCAUGAUCCAUUUGCAUGUAUUUGUAGGCAAAUGUUGACUUGAUGUGAUUGGUUACAUCACAGGAAUCCCAGGCCGGUAUUUAGGCAUGCUAGUCUGCGACCCUCCUGACCUCCGGCUUGACUCCUUCCCGUAAGCCAGCGUUGCGUCCCUCAAUAAACAUGCACACACACACAGCAGGCCCAGACGUCACUGUUUGACAGUUGAGCUGAUUUAAGGCCUCACAUUGUGCAAAAGGUGAUGAGAUCUCCAGUGUCCCUCCAACAUCCUCUUCAACCAUCCAGUGUGCGUGUGUGUGUGUGUUUGUGUGUCCACAUUUAUUAAUGUGUCUGUGUUUUCCAACUUCUGAAUGAUGUGACACACACACCCACACCCACACCCACACCCACAGGGGCAUGCUGAAGACCGAUACAGUUGAAGAGAGUGAUGAAUGUAGAAAAUCCCUCUCUCAGAAAGUCGUUCCAUCACUGCUCUCUCAUCUCAAAGCUCCUGGCUGCACUGUAAUUCAGAUCUUUUUUGAUUGUUCUAUGGGUUCUCAUGCGUACACUUCUCGUAUGCUAUAGCAGGCUGUUCCUCCUUCACUGUUGUGCUGAAACAGGUCACUCACUAGUUCUAUUUUCUCCUCUUACUGUUUGGUGGAUAGAACUCCAGUGACCUUUUCAUAUAGAGAGUUCUGUUUUGAGCAUCUGUUCCUCAAUAUCAGCUCUCACACUGUCAGUCUCCAGUGGUGAUGUACUCUGUACUCAUUUGUUGGAGUUUUCGUUCACGGCCGUUCCUUUAUUCUUUUCUCUCACCACAGCACUGAAGAGUCCGGCGGCCUUCCACGAGCAGCGGAGGAGUCUGGAGAGAGCCAGGGUAAGUCUAGUAGUCUCUCCAGCUCUCUUUCUCUCUUUAGUUCAACAAGUGCAGUCUUUGUUGAAGUGCACCUCUCCCUCGCUUCUUUCUCCAUCUCCUGUUCCUUUCUCUGUUCAUCUUUUCCACCUUUCCCCUCUCCCUUACAACUUUGUCUCUUUCAUCUCUCCUCUCACUCCCCCAUAUCUCCCCCCCUCCCCUAUCUCUCCCUCUCCCCCCAUCUCUCCCUCUCCCCUCUCCAUCUCUCCCUCUCCCCUCUCCCUUUGUAUCUCUCCUCUCUCCUCUCAUCUAUCUCUCCUCUCCUCCCUUCCAGACUGAGGACUAUCUGAAGAGGAAGAUCAGGAGUCGUCCUGAGCGCUCAGAGCUGGUCAGGAUGCACAUACUGGAGGGUGAGUCACAGCACCCCCUCUCUGAUCACCACAGAACUACACCCUCACACACACUACUUCUCUAGAGGCAGUGAGCCACUGGACAAAAAUAUAAACGCAACAUGUAAAGUGUUGGUCCCAUGUUUCAUGAGCUGAAAUAAAAGAUCCCAGAAAUGUUCCAUACGCACAGAAAACGUAUUUCUCUUAAAUGUUGUGCACACAUUUGUUUACAUUCCUGUUAGUGAGCAUUUCUCCAUUCCCAAGAUAAUCCAUCCACCUGACAGGUGUGGCAUAUCAAGAAGUUGAUUAAACAACAUGAUCAUUACACAGGUGCACCUUGUGCUGGGGACAAAAGGCCACUCUAAAAUGUGCAGUUUUGUCACACAACACAAUGCCAUAGAUGUCUCAAGUUUUGAGGGUGCAUGCAAUUGGUGUGCUGACUGCAGGAAUGUCCACCAGAGCUGUUGCCAGAGAAUUUAAUGUUAAUUUCUCUACCAUAAGCUGCCUCAACGUCGUUUUAGAGAAUUUAGCAUUACGUCUAACCGGCCAAAUACAGUGUUUUUUUUUCUUCUCUUCUCUCUUAACACAGAGACAUCAGCGGAGCCGUCUCUGCAGGCCAAGCAGCUGCAGCUGAAGAGGGCCAGGCUGGCUGAUGACCUUAAUGAUAAGAUCUCCCACAGACCUGGUCCUAUAGAGCUCAUCCACAAGAACAUCCUGCCUGUAGACCUGGACUGUCCUCUGCAGCACUCACUACUGGGUAUGCACACACACUGUCCACUGCAACACACACACACACACUGUCCACUGCAACACACACACACACUGUCCACUGCAACACACACACACACUCUCCACUGCAACACACACACACACUAUCCACUGCAACACACACACACACACUGUCCACUGCAACACACACACACACUCUCCACUGCAACACACACACACACUGUCCACUGCAACACACACACACACUGUCCACUGCAACACACACACACACUCUCCACUGCAACACACACACACACUGUCCACUGCAACACACACACACACUGUCCACUGCAACACACACACACACUCUCCACUGCAACACACACACACACUUUCCACUGCAACACACACACACACUGUCCACUGCAACACACACACACACUGUCCACUGCAACACACACACACAUCGGCCCCUGCCACACUCACUACUGGGUACGUACACACAAACACACACACACAGAAUGUCCACUGAAACACUCACUUCUGUUCUAGGUAUGUACCCAUUUUUAUUGUCCAGUGUAACAUACAUUACAGAUCAAGUAUACAACACUACUACUCAUUGCAACACUUUACUGGGUAUAUAGUGGAACUUCUAUUGCGUAUGUGCACAACAACACAUUAGUCAACUGGGUAGGAGCGUCCUUCCUGAGCACAGUCCACUGCAAUACGUUUACUGGCCAGGAGAAUUAGUCCCUCACUCAGACAAAUGUACCCAACCAUUCCCAAACUCCCUACAGUGUUUUUUCAAUUCUUGGCCUCUUUAUCUUCAAUUAAUAACUGUUCAUGGUUCACGUUCAAAUGUUCCUCAAAUGUUAUCAUUGCAAUACAUCAAUUUCACAAUUCUGGACUGGUGUGAGGACAUUGUUAUUGCUAAAUCCUUGUGCUGGAGAGACUGUGACCACUUCCAUCAUUAGUCAUUAUUGUUUGGAAAUCGCCUCUUUUUGUAUUGGCAAUUACUAUUCCCUCUGUUUGAAAUACAGAUAUUUGUUGUAGUGCUACUCAACCUCACAACAAAUCAACUUGUUAUUGUAGACAAUCAUUUGUUUGGCGAGAAGAACGGUGAAAUAGAGGUUUAAUAAAUGUCUCUCUCAGAUUCUCCAAAGGCUGCAGGAGAAUCCUCAUUGGAUGAGGACAGCAGUGAUGCAUUUUCUCCGGAUACGCUAGCCAAUCACGACUCUCCACUGGGUCCUCUCUCCCAGCUGUCCCCCUCUGACAUGCUCACUCAGAACAGGGACAUGUCCCCCUCACAGGUAGUUGGUUGAAGUCUUUUUUGUACAGUACGUAUAGCCACAGAAUGGAGACAGACAUGUAGCCACUGGUAUUCCUGCAUGCUUACAUAGACAAGUAAUCACAGGAGUUGUCCCAUUAUUGACGCUUAAACUGACCAAUCAGAUGUUUUCUCAGUUCCUUACCCAGGUCCCACCUCCUCCUCCUCCUCCGCUGUUGGUGAAUGGCCAAGACUCAUUGCCACCACAGAGGCUGACCAAUGGGACAGCGAUGUCGGUAGCUUCCCGCCCUGCUACUGGUCAGACCAAGGUGAGAGACAUCCCCUGUCGUUUGUCUAUCAGAGUAUCAUGGAAUGUAAUACUUUCUGUAUACAAGCAAUCAUAUCUUACUUACUGUUUCUCACUCCCUCUCCCAAUCUGCCUGUCUUCCACCACUCCCAGUCGAAGCCCAGCUCGGAGCGGCCCCUCCUGAGGCCUAAGAAGGCCAAAGACAACAAGCCCAAGGUGAAGAAGCUCAAGUACCACCAGUACAUCCCUCCGGACCAGAAGGCUGACCGGGAGCCUCCCCCUCAGCUGGACUCCACCUACGCCAAGAUCCUCCACCAGCAGCAGCUUUUCCUCCAGCUGCAGAUCCUCCACCAGCAGCAGCAGCACUACAACUACCACACCAUUCUUCCUGCACCACCCAAGUGAGUGUGGGGGGGAGGGGGGGGGGGGGAGAGUUUUGUGUGUGUGUGUGGGGAAGAGGGGUGUGUGUGGUGUGGGGGGUGGGGAGGAGGUGUGUGGGGGGGGGGUGGGGGGGGAGAGGUGGGUGUGUGGGGGGGGAGGAGGUGGGUGGUGUGGGGGGGAAGGGGGGUGGGAGAGAGGGUGUGUGUGUGUGGGGGGAGGGGGGGAGAGGGGUGGGUGUGUGUGUGGGGGGGGGGAGAGGUGCUGUGUGUGGUGUGUGGGGAGGGGGUGUGUGUGGGGGGGGAGAGAGGGGGUGGGUGUGGGGGGGGGGGAGAGAGGUGUGUUGUGUGUGGGGGAGAGAGGUGUGUGUGUGGGGGGGAGAGGUGGGUGUGUGGGGGGGGAAAGGGUAUGUGUGGGAGAAGAGGUGUGUUGUGUGUGUGGGGGGGGGGAAGGGUGUGUGUGUGUGUGUUGGGGGGGAAGAGGUGGUGUGUGGGGGGGGGGGGGGGAGGAGAGGUGGUGUGGGGGGGGAAAGAGGUGUGUGUGUGUGUGGGGGGGGAAGAGGUGUGUGUGUGGGGGGGGGGGGGGAAGAGGUGUGUGUGGGGGAAGAGGUGUGUGUGUGUGGGGGGAAGAGGUGUGUGGGGGGAAAGGGGUGUGUGUGGGGUGGGGGGGGGGGAAGAGGUGUGGGGGGGGGGGGAGAGGUGGGGUUAAAGAGGUGUGUGUGUGGGGGGAGAGAGAAUAUUUGUGGGCGUGGGUGUGUGUUGUGGGAUUGGCGGUGUGGAUGACAGAUCACCACCUCAAGCUGAACCUUGGCAAGACGGAGCUGCUCUUCCUCCCGGGGAAGGACUGCCUGUUCCAUGAUCUCGCCAUCAAGGUUGACAACUCCGUUGUGUCCUCCUCCCAGAGUGCGAAGAGCCUUGGCGUGACCCUGGACAACACCCUGUCGUUCUCCGCUAACAUCAAGGCGGUGACCCGAUCCUGUAGGUUCAUGCUCUACAACAUUCGGAGAGUAGGACCCUGCCUUACACAGGAAGCGGCACAGGUCCUAAUCCAGGCACUUGUCAUCUCCCGUCUGGAUUACUGCAACUCGCUGUUGGCUGGGCUCCCUGCCUGUGCCAUUAAACCCCUACAACUCAUCCAGAAUGCCGCAGCCCGUCUGGUGUUCAACCUUCCCAAGUUCUCUCACGUCACCCCGCUCCUCCGCACACUCCACUGGCUUCCAGUUGAAGCUCGCAUCUGCUACAAGACCAUGGUGCUUGCCUACGGAGCUGUGAGGGGAACGGCACCUCCGUACCUUCAGGCUCUGAUCAGUCCCUACACCCAAACGAGGGCACUGCGUUCAUCCACCUCUGGCCUGCUGGCUCCCCUACCUCUGCGGAAGCAUAGUUCCCGCUCAGCCCAGUCAAAACUGUUCGCUGCCCUGGCACCCCAAUGGUGGAACAAGCUCCCUCACGACGCCAGGACAGCGGAGUCACUCACCACCUUCCGGAGACAUUUGAAACCCCACCUCUUUAAGGAAUACCUGGGAUAGGAUAAAGUAAUCCUUCUACCCCAUCCCCCCCCAAAAAAAAAAUUUAUAAAAUAAAAAAGAAACAAUAAAAAAUUUAUACAAAAUUAGUAAAGUGGUGAUCCCACUGGCUAUAAGGUGAAUGCACCUAUUUGUAAGUCGCUCUGGAUAAGAGCGUCUGCUAAAUGACGUAAAUGUAAAUGUAAAUGUGUGCAUUUUGAAAACAGGCAUCACAUCAUUCACUCUCUGCUGUCUAAUGGUUUGUGUGUAAGUAAGGGUGACAGCACCAACCUGUGUGUGGACUGACUCAUCUCUGUUGUUUCUCUCCUCAGACCACCUGCAGAGCAGCCACCUUCAACCAACCCCGGCCCCUCCCUUUUGCGCAGUGUUCCCCCGACGACCCCUGCCCCUUCCAAUCAGAAUGGGUCAAGUCGUCAGAGCCAAACCCCUGUGGGAGGGGCCAAACCGUUGACGCUACCAGCCAACCUGGAUGACUUCAAAGUGAGUAGAUGUUUAUAGAAAUACACUAAUAUUUUCUAUCGGUAUUGAUCUGAAACACACCAUAGAUUAAAUCAACAAGGUGAAUACAUAGAAAUAGAAUUCUACUUAUGUGUGUAGACACUACCUACUGGGAAUUUAUAAUAGAAUUCUACUUCUGUGUGUAGACACAAUAAUUACUGGGAAUUUAUUUUUCACCUGUCCAUUUAUUCCAGAUCAGUGCAGAUAAAGAAAGGGACAUUAGAAGAGAACAACUUUAGACUAUUGCUAUGCACCUAUAGAUAGACAGACAGACAGACAGAGAGACAGACACAGAGAGGGAGAGAUGGACAGACGGACAGAGGGAGAGACGGACAGAGGGAGAGAGGGAGAGACGGAAGGACAGACAGACAGACAGACAGACAGACAGAGGGACGGACAGACAGACAGCGGGAGAGACAGACGGACAGACAGAGAGGGAGAGACAGAGAGGGACAGACAGAUAGAGAGACAGACAGACAGACAGACAGAACGGAUCAGAAUCAUAACUGUGCUUUUACAUCUUCUUCUUCCCUCCAGGUUGCUGAGCUGAAACAGGAGCUGAAACUGCGGUGUCUGACCGUGUCUGGCACCAAGAUGGACCUGAUCGAGAGGCUGAGGAACUACCAGGAGCAGAACAGUGGAGGUCGAACUGGUGUUACUGCUACUGUAUCCCCUAAACCCAGCCUACCAACCCCAUCGCACGCCUCAACCCAACCUGCUGGCUCCACCAGUCCUGCCCCCCCCCAGGCCGGGACCAAUCCCCACACCCACCAAUCAGAAGAGGCAGCAGGGAAGAUACCCGCUUUCUCAUUGGCUCAGAGUGCCACUCCGGCCUGUAUUAUGAGGUUUGGCAGUACAAGCUCCUCCCCUCCAGUCUCCCCCACCCCGUCAGAAUGGUCGCUGGUGGUGAUGAGCCCCGACGAGACCAGCUGUAAUGGAGACGUGUUUGGCGAGAUGGUGAGCUCUCCCCUGACCCAGCUCAGCCUGCACCCCUCCCCAGCCUCCAUCAAAGAGGAGAACCAGGGUCACUUAUCCACCUGCAGCCUCUCCCAGUCCCGGCCUUCUCCCACCGCGCAUCAGCCUGCCGCCCCACCUCAGGAGCCCCUGGCUGGGGCAACCAUGGAGGCCUCCCCCUUGGACAAGGACCAGAUGCUUCAGGAGAAGGACAAGCAGAUUGAGGAGCUGACACGCAUGCUGAGGCAGAAACAGAGGCUGGUGGAGACCCUGCGCUCCCAACUGGAGCAGGGGAAACAUACUGGAGCAGUGAGAGAGAUGGAGGGAGUACAGGACUUGGUGGUGAACGGUUAUGCCCAGGAGGCCCAAACCUCUACCAUCCUCCAUCCCUCUGUCACCAGGGUUAAGGAGGAGGUAGAGACAGAAGAAGGGCUGGAGGGAGUGGGCAAGGCUCAGCCGACACAGUGCUCUCAGCAGAGCCUGCUCAAACUGCAGCAGAUCCACCGGAUACAGGUUGAACAACAGACACAACCACAGACACAACAACAACCACAUACACAACUACUACAGACACAACAACAACAACAACAGACACAACUGCUACAGACACAACAACAACAACUACUACAUACACAACAACAGACACAACUGCCACAGACACAACAACAACAACAACUUCUACAGACACAACAACAACAACUUCUACAGACACAACAACAACAUCCACAGACACAACAACAACAACUUCUACAGACACAACAACAACAACUUCCACAGACACAACAACAACAACAUCCACAGACACAACAACAGCAGUCCAAACAGCUCCAGCAACAUCAGACACAGCAGACGCAGCAGCAGAAGACUUCGGCCCAGUUGUUACUCCAGCAGCAGCUGAUCAUCCAGCAGACCCAGCAGAAACCGCUCCAGCUGCAGGACAAACAGCUGCAGGACGAACAGCUGCAGGACGAAACAGCUGCAGGACAAACAGCUGCAGGACAAACAGCUGCAGGACAAACAGCUGCAGGCCCAGCAGAGGAGGCAGCAGAGACAUGCCCAGAGACAGCUGCAGGACAAACAACCGAGGCAGACAGUCACCCCACAACAGGUACAUUCAGUCAUUACAGCUCUCUAUCGUACAGUCUGUAGAUCUUCAGUAUAGGUAUACACACCGCUGACAGUCGCCACACAUCAGGUCCAUAUUUCAUAUUUAACGGAAUAAACUUGUCUGAAACCUGAAGACUUUAGCUCAACAGGCUAACAGUCUGGCAUGUGGGAGACAUGGGUUUCUAACCUCUUCCCCUUCUCUGUUGGGUCAUUAUCAUUGGCUCAUGUCUGGGCCCUGUGUUUGAAUAUGCUUCUGCCCUACUCCUUUCUCUUCAGGUCACUCCAGUCUUCAUCAGCCAACAGAAUGGCACCCAGGUCCCCGCCCAGACCUUCUCAUUGGACCUCCUCAAGUCGGGCGCCACGCCCACCCUGGUCACCGACGGCAAUGGCAACCACUACCUGAUAGCACUGACCAAUAACAGUGCAGAGGGCCAACAUGGCGUGACCUCAUUGGGCAAAACCAGUGGAUCACAACGUAUCACACUGCAGGUACAGUACAGUUACACUGGAAAUCUGCUAAUAAGUGUUACAGGUCUCUAUGUUGGAGGUGAAAUGAUUGUGUAAGAUGGUAGGACAGUGCAGUAAAAUAGCUCGGAGCUGAUUUGUCCUGUUAACUCAAUGGUAAAUAAAAUCUGCCCUUUUUACUCUAGCGAUUGCAGUCAACUCCAAGCAAGCUCCCCAGUCAAUUGCCAGCUGAGAUACUCAGCCCUGAUACCCAAUCAAAACAACAGUUACAACCAGGCCCCGUCAACCAGCCUAUCAAAAAGGUAUUAAAAUUACAAAAAAUCGUGACAGAAACAAGAUUUUCUCUCUCUUACACACACACAAUAUUAGCGGUCACUGUCUACCAAUACUGUCUGUAAAACAAGGAUAGGGUGUAAACCUGUCCCUCUGAGGACUAAAGUAGUUUGCUGGGUUGGAUGCUGAAUCGCCACAAGGCUGCCGGCUAGAGCAGUAUUGAUGCUGUCUUGACUGACUUGUCACACACAUCACCAUCAACCAACACACUGGAGAUCUUUAGGGUUCUUUAAUGGGUAACUGUAGGUAAUGGUUCUACAAGGUAGAAAAGAUAACCUAUUAUAAGUACACAAUAAUAUGUAAAAGGGGUAUGUAUGGCUAUACACAGAUAGACCUGAAAUAUGCAUACAAUAUAAUCUAACUAAGAUAUAUAUUACUAUACAGAAUACAAUACUAAAAUGACUAACUUAACUGAAUGAUAAAUAUUCCAGAAUAGCAUAAAUAGCUGCAGUCUAUACACUGCUACCAUAAUAUAACUCUAAUAAGAUGCCACAGUUACAAGUAGGCUGUACAAUGUAACAAACUGCAUAAAGUAAAUGCAAUAAUAACAGGUUUGGGGUCACUUAGAAAUGUCCUUGUUUUCGAAAUAACAUCAAAUUGAUCAGAAAUACAGUGUAGACAUUGAGAGCUAGAGAGCAGAACUGACUUUAGAUCAGAGGCAGUGUGAGAAAGGGAAUACUCUGGAGUUUGGUCACGCUCUGACACACCCUUCUGGUGACAAAGGGUAACACAUGUGAAAGGCAGCCCCAAUGUGUCAGUGGUGCCUCUAACUUUUCACUUAUUAUUGCUGAUAAUGGGCCUCUGUACGCCUAUGUAGAUUUACAAUUAGCAGGCUAAAGAGAAUGUCUCUGAUUGGAUAGAAAGUUAGGGGUGAUUGACUGAUGAGAUGUUGGGCAUUCUAACUAAAGGGACUAGGGGUGCGUAGGGAAUGACUAAAUCUGAAUGCGUGGCCGUGUUAACACCGUCUUAAAAUGAUAACAAAAAUCAUGACUGUCCUUAUUUAAUUUCCGCUUCCCCCUCUCGUUCUGGAACAGAAGGUGGGUCUACAUCUAGAGACCAAUGGCAUGACCAAUGGGGUGCCAGAGACAAGUCAGUCUGUCUCCGCCCCGCCCAAUCUCCAUCCUUUCUUUGACGAGGUGUCCAACUUGUCUGAAAGCCAAAGCACCCCUCCCCCCUCCCUCAAGGUAAGACACAUUCUGCAAUGAUCAUUCAUGGCAUGUCAACAUCUCGUAUUUGACUUUUCAUUAAUUUAUUAUUUCUCUGUAGCCUAUUUCCUUCACCCUUCCCUCAUCCUUCUUUAUUCUCUCCUUCCACCCUUUCAGAGAGAAGUGUGUCCGACUUUUGACCGGCACACUUUGUUCACCCCUCCCUCUCCAAAACAGACCUCUUUCUCCUCCACUCAACUCCCCAAAGUAUGUCCUUCACUCCUGCCAUCUCUGUCUAUCCUGUCUAUCCCUGUCUAUCCCUGUCUAUCCCUGUCUAUCCCUGUCUAUCCCUGUCUAUCCCUGUCUAUCCCUGUCUAUCCCUGUCUAUCCCUGUCUAUCCCUGUCUAUCUCUGUCUAUCCCUGUCUAUCUCUGUCUAUCCCUGUCUAUCCCUGUCUAUCCCUGUCUAUCCCUGUCUAUCCCUGUCUAUCCCCGUCUAUCCCUGUCUAUCCCGUCUAUCCCUGUCUAUCCCUGUCUAUCCCUGUCUAUCCCUGUCUAUCCCUGUCUAUCCCUGUCUAUCCCUGUCUAUCUCUGUCUAUCCCGUCUAUCCUGCUAUCCCUGUCUAUCUGUCUAUCCUGUCUAUCCCUGUCUAUCCUGUCUAUCCCUGUCUAUCCUGUAUCCUGUCUAUCCCUGUCUAUCCUGUCUAUCCCUGUCUAUCCUGUCUAUCCCUGGUCUAUCCCGUCAUCCGUCUAUCCUGUCUAUCCCUGUCUAUCCCUGUCUAUCCUGUCUAUCCUGUUCCUGUCUAUCCCUGCUUCUCGUCUAUUUCUUUCUGUCGGUCUCAGUCCAUCUGUUAGCGUCGGUCUCAGUCCAUCUGUUAGCGUCGGUCUCAGUCCGCCUGUUAGCGUCGGUCUCAGUCCGCCUGUUGGCGUCGGUCUCAGUCCAUCUGUUAGCGUCGGUCUCAGUCCAUCUGUUAGCGUUGGUCUCAGUCCGCCUGUUAGCGUCGGUCUCAGUCCAUCUGUUAGCGUCGGUCUCAGUCCAUCUGUUAGCGUCGGUCUCAGUCCAUCUGUUAGCGUCGGUCUCAGUCCAUCUGUUAGCGUCGGUCUCAGUCCAUCUGUUAGCGUCGGUCUCAGUCCGCGUGUUAGCGUCGUUCUCAGUCCGCCUGUUGGCGUCGGUCUCAGUCCGCCUGUUGGCGUCGGUCUCAGUCCGCCUGUUGGCGUCGGUCUCAGUCCGCCUGUUGGCGUCGGUCUCAGUCCGCCUGUUGGCGUCGGUCUCAGUCCGCCUGUUGGCGUCGGUCUCAUCUCAAAUUUGCUCAAAGUAUCUAUAGUACUGUACAUGUUUGCCGAUUUUGUUAAACAGCCAUGAGUACUGUAAACUGUACUAAAUAUAAGUCCUCUUCUCCCAGGAGAACGGGCUGAGCAGUCAACAGAUGGACGAUCUGUUUGACAUCCUCUUGAAGAGUGGAGGUAAGAGAACAGAGCAGUACACAAAACGUAACACUCACAUAUAUAUCUUCAUGUCUCAUUGCCAAUACAUGAGCAAACCCAUUUUUUUAAUCGUUAAUAUUUAUGCUUUUUCUUUCUCUUCCCCAACCAGAAAUCUCUGGAUUCCGAGCCAACCCAGACCCUUCCCUGGCCCAAAUCCACUCCAACCCCCCCACCCCUCCCUCGUCCCCUCUCCACAUCUCGCCCCCCACCCCCCCUCCGGAGCCCUCCCUGCCCGCCUUGCCUUCCGAGCAGCCCUCGCCAUCGCCCUGCACAGGAAGUGAUCGUCUGGAGGACUUCCUGGAGAGCACCACGGGCACUGAUGGAGGCCUAACUUUGAUUGAUGACCUCCACAGCCAAAUGUUGAGCACCUCCAGCAUCCUGGACCAUCCCCCCUCCCCGGUGGACAUGGACACCAGCGACCUGGGCUUCUCCCCCCACCCGGCAGGGCUUGACUUCGGGGACCCAGCCCUGGACAGCAUGGACUGGCUGGACAUCUCUAUGGGUGGUGGAGGAGGGGGGACGAGUCUCGCCCCUCUGGGCCCCCACACGCCUCCCAGUGUGUUCUCAGCAGACUUUCUGGACAGCUCGGACCUCACGCUGCACUGGGACUCUUGUUUGUAG